GUAAAGUUUGGUUCUUGGUCUCUGCUUUCGCUUGUUUUUCUCUGAUGGAUUCUGAGAACUGGGUUUCUGUUGCAGUUGGGAGCCGGGUUGGAGAAGUGAGGAAACUCACCAAAGAGACCAAUGUUUCUGUGAAAAUUAACUUGGAUGGUACUGGGGUUGCUGACUCGUCCACGGGAAUCCCAUUUCUCGAUCACAUGUUAGAUCAACUUGCGUCGCAUGGGCUGUUUGAUGUACAUGUGAGGGCAACUGGUGACAUUCAUAUUGAUGACCAUCACACCAAUGAAGAUGUUGCUCUUGCUACUGGAUCGCUGCAAGAGGAAGCUGUCAUUACUCUUCAAUGUUUGGGGAAAUUUGGAGAUGGGGCAUUUGAGGAUAUCUUUACAACGAAUGUUGACUUUUCUUCUAAAUAUGAUCAUUACAUAAGGUUGAACUUAAAGGGAAGCAAGGAGGUCUAUUCUUCUGGAUUUUGUUUGGAUGAUGAAUGUUGGAGAUUGUACGAGAAACAGGUGCAUGAUCUUCUGAGUCAAGGUUUGGGAGAUAGGACAAAGUCUGUUCGUGUAAUUUGGAGAAACAGUUCUUCAGGGUGGAUCAGCUUGAUUUCUCUUUGCUUCAUGGUGGCA